UCUUUUUUUUUCACUCUCACUCCCAUGUUUUUAUUCCCGGGCGGGGCCGUGUGGGUGUGGGUUGGGAUGGCCGGAUUGGGGUCCCGGGGUGGAGAAAUGACAAAUCCAGGCCCGCAGGCGGCCACCCACCAAAUCGGACGACGCAGGGUGCCCAAAUCAGGAAGGAUUUUAAGGUUAACCGGCCACCGGCGGUGACCGACGCCCCACCCCACUCUCCUUCUCCUAUUCUAUCUAUAUAUCACCCGCCUCUUUUUUCUCCCUCACUCCGCCACACCUUCCCUCUUCUUCCUCAGCUCCGUCGCCCACCGCCGGAGCUCCGAAAGGCCCCGCGCCCGCCGCCUUUCCUGUAAAAAACCCAACCUUUAGCUAGCUAACCGCUCCUCUUCUCCCCCUACUCCCCUUGCCCAAAUCAGAGAAGAUAUUUAACGGAGGAGGGGAAGGAGAGGAUAUUUAGCUGAUUGUUGAUUGGUGGUCCGGGGUACGGUGUUCUUGAGUCGUGAAGCGACCGUACAGUGGCUAGGGCCGUCUCCGGGUUGCGUGCAGGAUGGUCGUCAGAGAUCGGGAGUGAGGAGGCAGCUCGUGGUCGUGGAGGCUAAAUGUACCGCAAGAACGACUCGGCACUCUCCUGUUUCUACCUCUUCCUCCUCUGGUUCUUCUUCUUGAAAUAGACCAGCGCCAGCCACCAGGUAGCUACCUACUAGCUAGCAGCCCAGUUGCGACUGGGGACGGGCUGCUGCUUGCAAGUUGGAAUCUUGGAGCAGGAGCAGAGGAGCGGGAGAUGGAGCUGGAUCUGAACGUGGCCGAGGUGGCGCCGGAGAAGCCAUCGGCGGCGCUGGAGGCGAGCGACUCGGGGUCCUCGGGCUCGUCGGUGCUGAACGCGGAGGCGGCAUCGGCGGGCGGCGGGGGGCCCGCGCCGGGGGAGGAGGGGUCAAGCUCGACGCCGGCCGUGCUCGAGUUCAGCAUCCUCAGGAGCGACAGCGACGCGGCCGGCGCGGACGCCGACGACGGCGACGCCACGCCGUCGCCACCUCGCCACCACCAGCAGCAGCUCGUCACCCGGGAGCUCUUCCCGGCGCCGCAGCAUUGGGCCGAGCUCGGCUUCUUCCGCGCCGGCCCGCAGCAGCAGCCGGACAUCAGGGUCCUGCCGCACCCGCACCCGUACCCGCCCCCGCCGCCGCCCGCGCAGCCGCAGCAGGCCAAGAAGAGCCGCCGCGGCCCGCGCUCCCGCAGCUCGCAGUACCGCGGCGUCACCUUCUACCGCCGCACCGGCCGCUGGGAGUCCCACAUCUGGGAUUGCGGGAAGCAGGUGUACUUAGGUGGAUUCGACACUGCUCAUGCCGCUGCAAGGGCGUACGACCGAGCGGCGAUCAAGUUCCGCGGCGUCGACGCCGACAUAAACUUCAACCUCAGCGACUACGACGACGAUAUGAAGCAGAUGAAGAGCCUGUCCAAGGAGGAGUUCGUUCACGCCCUGCGGCGGCAGAGCACCGGCUUCUCCCGCGGCAGCUCCAAGUACAGGGGCGUCACCCUGCACAAGUGCGGCCGCUGGGAGGCGCGCAUGGGGCAGUUCCUCGGCAAGAAGUACAUAUAUCUUGGGCUAUUCGACAGCGAAGUAGAGGCUGCAAGGGCGUACGACAAGGCCGCGAUCAAAUGCAACGGUAGAGAGGCCGUGACGAACUUCGAGCCCAGCACGUACGACGGGGAGCUGCUGCUGACUGCUGAAGCUAGCGCAGAAGUUGCUGACGACGUUGAUCUGAACUUGAGCAUCUCGCAACCGGCAUCGUCCCAGAGCCCCAAAAGAGACAAGAACUGCCUUGGUCCGCAGCUCCACCACCACCAUGGGCGGCCGUUUGACGGCUCCGCCGUUCUGAAGAAAACCAAGAUCGAUGCUCCGUCUGAGCUGUCGUCGGCGGGCCGCCCUCACCGGUCGUUCCUCCCUCAUCUCGUGGCUGCCGAGCAUCUACCGCCUCGGUCUCACCCCUUCUUCAUCACACACCAUGAGCUUCCUUGAAAAGGAAAGGUCCUAGACCUAGCUACCGGCCAGCAGCGACACUUCAACUCUAAGGGCAUGUACAGUGGAGAGACGCCAAAACGGUUCUCCAAGCAUAGGAGACAACUAAGAGACUCUAUUGUACAAUGGAGUGUCUCUAAACGUAGUCUAUUAAUAAAUACAGAAUUAAAUGUAUUUGUAUAGCAUCAGAUCGAUAGAACAGACGACAAAUUCGUACAGUGGGAAGUGAGGCGUCUGUUGUUACUUGGUUUACGAGCCAGAGGCGUCUCUUCACGGAGAGACGGCUCUAAGAUUUUUUUGCAAAUAACCCCCUAAAACACCUUAAGAGCCCCCACAUUAAACACCACUGUACAUGCCCUAAGCCCUGCCUGGCCUGCCUAAUCAAACCCUCUCGGUCAACUAUGCUAUGCCUGCCUGCCUGCUUUCAACACGUACUGUUCCUUUUUCAAACCUUCCCUGGAAACGAAAACAGAAGAUGCAUGGUAUUUAUGCU